AUGGAUAACCUUGAGACACUGCAAAAUCGAUACGCACGAACUCGCCCAGACCAGACAAAUACAAUUAUGGAUAAUUUCAUGUCCGUCAAUACCACUCGUACAUCUCGAGACCUGCCAUCAUUAACUGAACAAGAGCCACAAUCCCCCCGUCGGAGCUUCACCUCAUCAUCGAAGAAAUGGCCACUUCAGGACGGUCGCCUUCAAAUUACCGUCAUGACAAUCCAAUUGAAUGUACCGGUACAAAGGCCUUAUAUCAAGCUAACACUUGGAGACCAGUCAUUCACUACAUCAGUCAGUGAAUUUCAUGAAGGCAGAUGGUAUGAAGGGUUCGAAUUUAAGGUGUCCUACCAUGCCCAAUUGUUCGACACCAUCCAUAUGGACCUAUUUGACUCGUACAGCUUUUUUGCCGACCGUCAUGUUGGGAGAGCAGAAAUACGUUUGCGACAUUUGGAUGGAUUACCAGAAGUGUUCACCAGCUACUAUGAGAUAUGGGAUAAGAAGCUAACCACGGCAUCUAGCUCAGCUGUUGGAAGGCGAAAGACAUUAUCAGCCAAUAUCGGUGCUAUACAAAGCCGUAUCUAUUACCGAUACAAAAAGGACGAACUAAUCAAUCAGCCAGAAAAAAUACCAGAGCUGCAGCCUCCAGGUUUCUAUGUGACAACCAGCCAGUCACUGAUAACCGAGGAACAGAUUGCCAACGAAUUCGAGCGACACUUGAAAUUUCAACGCGAGAGAAAUAAGGCUGGUAUCACCUUCAGAAAAUACGAAGAAGGAAACGAAUACGGUGAAAAUAAUCUUGACAACUAUGAGGAAUUCGAUGACUUUGAUGACGAAGGAGAAGAAGACGAAGAGGCUGGCUUGUCACGACCGUUAUCAUCCAAACCAGAAAAAAAGCCUUCAGAAGCGACGUUGACAGAGAGUGUCGCAGAGAAGUCGACUAAAAGUACAUGGUCGAGUUACUUUGGAUUUGGAAAUGGCAAGAAAACGGAUCCAUCCGCAGCAUCUUCGACGAGAACAUCAUCAUCAGCCACGCUACAAGAAUCACGAAGUGUAAACGCCUUUGGGGGGAUUGUAGAUGAUGACGAUACCCUCAAGUCCUAUCCACUUCUGGACACAUUGGGGGCAUGGACAACGACCAAAGAAACAAAUCAAGUUCUCAGAUCGAUCGGGAAACUACUCGCGGCAUUUGGUCAAGGAUUUGAACUUUCAAAUUUACAAGUCUUAGUUGGAUUCACCGUCCUGGAAAAGUUUUAUACCGACCUCCCAAAAACCUGGGAUCUUGUCACGGAUCUUGGCGAAAUUGAGCCUGCUGCUCACUUUUGGAAGUUUUCUAUAGCUGCAUAUGGUUGGAAGGGCCUCACGUUCAUAGGCAAGAGUAAUGGCAUAUUGACCAACGCCACUCGUAAACACUCUGAUGCCCUUAGCGUCAUCGAGUAUUUAUCACUUCCAAAAGAAGAUUUGUUAGCAUAUGAGUUCAGAACUGGCGAAGUGUUCCGUCCUUCAUACUUUAUUGCGCGUGACCGUGCGACGAAUUCGAUUGUUUUAAGCAUAAGAGGUACCAUGAGCGCAUUUGACACCCUCACUGACCUUGUUUGUGAAUAUGAGCAAUGGAAAGGCGGCUUAGUACAUCGAGGCAUGAAGUCAUCCGCCUUGUGGUUUUUCCGCAACGUGGCACCUCAACUGAUUGCUUACACAAACCAGCAUGCUACGUCCGCCCUGUACAUUGUGGGACAUAGCUUAGGAUCCUCGACAGCUGCUAUUCUAACGAUCAUGCUUCUCGAUUACAUUGACGAGUUCCGUAAAUCUGCUGAUCAAAAUGACAAGCAAGAUUUUCAGAUCAAAUGCUUCGGAUUUGCUCCUGCAUGUGGCCUUAGCUUAGAUCUAAGCCAACGAUACAAGGACCAUAUUCAAUCAUACGUGUUUGGAGAUGACGUGGUCAGCAAGAUGAGCUAUGGGUCUAUGAUGGAUGUCAAAGAACUUGUCAUCGCAAGCUCGGAAGCGGCACAGGGCCUUAGUUAUAGUAAGGUCUUUCUAAGCACCCAGCUUGAAGGUCCAAAAUGGAAGACCAUAUUUGACGCUGUCGCAGACUGUCGAACGAAAUGUUUGGAGUCACUUGCAAAUCCUAGAUUGUAUGUAGCUGGAACGGUAUAUCAAUUUUGGCUCGAUCCAACGCCUAGUAAUCCUACCCGAAUGGUCAUAGAGCGGACGAAUGCAAAACAGGUUUCGCAAGAAGUGGUGGUCAAGCGCAGUAUAUUCCUGGACCAUUUACCUACCAACUUUGAUGUAGCGUUUACAAGAGCCCGGGAAGCACUUAUGAUUCACGGUGGUCAACACCGAGUCAGCACGGACGCCAAGGAAGCUCCUGCAGGUAUACUUGACAAGUCCAUGGCAGAACGCAGUGGCCGCAUCUCCUUAGAUAAAGAUCUCAAACAAGUUGCACAAGAACAAAAAAUUGAAGAGCUGCAGAACUCGGAUGUUGCAUAA